CGUAGCAUGCAGUCGAUAAUGUUGACAUUUGGGAGUGACGUCAUCUUACUAGGACCAGCUCACAAAAGCACCAUCGAUUUCCAGUGAUUGUAGGAACUGUCAGAUAAACGAAUGCACAUUGAUAACAUUCAAGUGAGAUUGCGAGCUGAGCUGAAUGCCCGGUACCACUACCAGUUAAGCCCAUAUUAAUAUCAUUGAUAAUCGAGUGUUCGAUGCCUCACGUGUGUGUGAGUGAGUGAGAUGAGCUCGAGUUCCUGUGUGCACAUGCAUCCCAUUCGCAGGGUUGAGAGUACCAGCGCUAGCUAGCCUAGUCCCGGUUAUUGAUUUGCACAGUGCUUAGAUACCGGUACGCGUUACUGUUGACUCAAGUGAUUAGAAAUAGAGCUAAAGUAAUGUUCCUUGGGUGAAUGAUUGAAGCUGUGCAUUGAGCUGUAACUAGCAAACGGUUGCGCUACACAACUACAACGUGCUGAAGUUGUUGAAGUUGAAGUGGACUCGAGCUCGAAAGAGGAAUCAGUUAUCAAGCUCACUCAAACAUUGACAAGUCACAGUUACAAGUUCAUCUUGGUAACAGAUGGCCUCAUUUUGUGCUUCGAAAUUCUUGCCAGGCCUUCUGCUCAUGUUAGGUCUUGGACUAGCGGUUGCCCUUGCCAGCAGCACCCCAACGCUCUCGCUACUCAAGGAUAACCUGAAAGUCAUGAACAUGCCGCUCGGGGACUGGCUUCACAUCCUCGCGACCAAUUUCACCAAUUUCGUAGCAUCUCAGACGCUCCUAACGCUAACCAUAUUCGGCGUCGCCGCCUUCGUUCUUCGUUAUCUUUACCAACUCUUUCUAAAACCUUUAAACCUUGAUAGGGCAUUGGGAGAUGUGGGGUAUAUUUUAGACGGAAAGAAGAAGAGAGAUGUGGUGAAUGACAUCAGGAGGAGAAGGAAAUCCGGCGAUCUCCCUCCUAUCUAUCCCAAUGGGUGGAUUCCUUUGGUUGCUUCGCAGGAUUUGGUCAAAGGAGACGUCAAGUACAUAAGUGCAGUUGGGAACGAAUUUGCCGUUUAUCGAGGCCAGGAUGGUGAAGCGUACGCUGUCGAUGCCUAUUGCCCCCAUCUUGGGGCUAACAUGGCCAUUGGAGGAACGGUGAAGGGCAACUGUCUGACUUGCCCCUUUCAUGGAUGGUCCUUCGAGGGCAAGGAGGGCAAAUGUGUGGACAUUCCAUACCAGGAGAAAGGGAAAUCGGUUCCUGCACAAGCUAAGGUGAAGUCGUGGCCCGUGAUUGAACAGAACGGUUUCGUCCUGGUGUGGCAUGAUGUAGAGGGAAGGGAGCCCUCGUGGUUCCCAGAAAACAUUGAAGAAAAAUGGGGCAAGAUGUACUAUCACGGGACCACCAAGCACACAGUAUGCGCACAUGUGGAAGAAAUAUCGGAGAAUGGCGCGGACUGUGCUCAUUUGACCUUUGUUCAUGGAGCUUUUAUGGGUAGUGGGAAUGAUCUCAGAUAUAUGGGAAGCAAAUUGUGGAGCUGGGCUUCUCACUCUUGGGGAGGCAAAUGGGAGCAGGAUCCGGACCACAAGCACAUCGGUGUGAUGACCGUCUACCAUGCCUUCAGCUUGUUUGGAAUGCCAAUAGAGGUCACGAGGUCAGAGAGCACUGCUAGACAGAAUGGACCAGCCCAUGUACUUCUUUCCUUCUCUCUGCCCUUUGGCAAGGCCACCAUAGCAAUCGGGGUCACACCCAUCGAGCCACUUACUCAAAUCGUAACUCAGCAUGUUUACGCCUCCAGGUUUUUCCCCCGCUGGUUGGCAAAGAGUUUUCUCUACGCCGAGUAUGUCCAGUUUGAGAGGGACAUCAUGGUGUGGAACUACAAGACCUACCAGAGGAAACCUCUCCUGGUCUUUGAAGACCGCCUCAUCUCCAAACACCGAAGAUGGUACUCGCAGUUCUUCUCCGAAAACAGUCCCAAGUUUGAAGAUAUGAAGAAGACCCUGGACUGGUGAUCUAAACCUGUAAUAGUUGAGUGGAUUAGAAGAUGACAUCGUUGAGUCACGUUCACAUAUGCUGCAGUAAACGGUUUCCUGAGCUAUGUGUGAACGAGCCUUCAGUGGUCCUACACUAUCCUAAUAUAGUGCAUCCUUUUAAUAGUAUUAUGGAGAAAUGAUUCCUAUUUGUGGCUUUCAUACCAAUGUAAUGUACCCUAGUUUCCUCCUUCAGUGGUCCUACACUAUCCUAAUAAAGUGCAUCCUUUUAAUAGUAUUAUGGAGAAAUGAUUCUUAUUUUUGGCUUUCAUACCCAUGUAAUGUGCCCUAGUUUCCCCCUUUUAUGAAAUACAUGUGUAAAAAGGUACCAAGUAUGCUGCCUUGAGGGACACCUAAUCCAUGCCAUGGACAGUUGGCAGUUAUGACCGGUACUGUAGUCGAGUCUAUACUUGGGGCCACGAAAUGAGUCCAGUUGGUCAAAAUUUUUAUUCCUGUUUUUAAGUAUUAUAUGAAUCUACAUUAAGUAAGCUUUAAAUUAAGGGGUCACACAUUAAAAUUGAUAAAUUAUAUCCAGAAAUAUGAACAAAAACCUAAUUGGACUUUAUAAACAAUGGGAUUACCCAGUUUUGAGAUAAUUAGGUGUAAAGUUAAUGAUGUGUAACAUAGCCUAUAUUAUUUGCCAAAAAUGUUAGAAGGAGAUAUUUUCGUGACCUAAGCUCUGGGGACAUAAACUACAAGACAUUAAUAAGUCGAUUUUUGGAAAAAUCUUAAAUGUGGUAGGUGGGUCAAUUUUCAGUACAUAUACACUAUACAUCGCUCUUACUACGAUUGAGCCUAAUGCAGCACUGGACUCAUUUCGUGGUGACUGGCCCCACUUCAGGCCACAUUUGAGUGGCCUUGGUCUCUGGUUGAGUCCCAUAUACAAGAUCAAUGGAAGGUAAUAUUUUUCAGCGGCCUUCUUACUCAGAAGUGCUGGUCACGACUCCACCACUGAUGACGUUAUUCAGCAUUAGGGAGGGAUUGGUAUUAAAGUCAGGGUUACCCUAAACCUUUUCCCAAAUUCGUAAUAUGGAAAUAUUUUGUAAGCAAGGGCCAAUGUGGUGUUAUUAUUUAGAACAGUAGGUAUAGAUGAGCUUAUUUAUGUAAUAUUGGAUGGCCUUGAUGUUUAUACAAGGAUGUUUGUACAAACUAAUGACAAGCGCAAUAUAUUUGCAUAUCAAUUGUAUUUUCUGUAAUUACCAAUAACCAUUAUGACAUGUAGAUAUUAAAAUCAUAAAUCCUAUUUUGCAAAGCACUAUUGACGCAUUUGAACUUGAUAGAAUGUACAGAUUUAGCCAAAGCAUUUUUAGAGUCGUAGAAAUGUCAGUAUCUGAUCAAUGCUAUUUUUCAUUGCUUUGCAAAAGUUUAUAUUUGAGAAGGGCAGUUCAGUGCAACAUUUGACAUUUAUAUAUAUUUAAUUAGUAAUUACCAACAAAGAUUUUCAGAUUUUGAACUUGUGGUUGUACAUGUAGUACGGUACUGUUAAUGAAUUAUGUGAAAUUAUAGUAAAAAGUGCCAGUUUAUACAAAAAUUAUUUAUUUCAACUAUCAACAAAUAUAAUAGAUAAUUUUAUCUUAAUAUAUGUAAUUCAAAACAGUAAGAGAUCAAAAUUGUAUUCAAUAGAAUGGUAUGGAAAUCGGUAAGUGCUAAAUACAUCCUUAUGUAAAUGUAUUGUUAUACAGAGCAAGUAUAGUUCAAAGUUCGUUUUGAAAUAUUUGCAGCGUUAGCAAAAGUUGAAACUUCAGCAUUAUAUGUACUUAAAUUUUUGGGUGUGUUAGAUUUUUGGUUAAUAUUUGAUGACUAUCCCAUUUUUUUUUCAGCUUCCCUGAAAAUUGGGUCAAAUAUCAUGUACGUGCAGAAACCAGAGUAGAAAUAGGAAACAUUAUGUAUCUUUCAGUCAUAUGCAUCUUUCAGUCAUAUGCAUACUGUACAGUAAUCCUUUAAUUGCCGUCUAAUUAAUGAUUUGCAAAGUUUCUGAAAGGUUGUUUCAAUUUCUAAUAUCAUUAGAGUAAUAAAUGGGAAAUUCUUUUCAAUGAAAGACAGAAAUUGGUAUCAUGGAGUACUUCAGGUUACGGUACUACCACAAAUCAAUGACUCCAAGCUCUUCUGGCUGGUUAUUUAUUAAAAGAUACUUGCCGAUGAUAGGUGUGGUGUCUGAAAGUCCAUUAUUACAAAAUGAAAUGUCUUGGUUUAGAAUAUAAGAUGUUAUCAAGCUUCAAAUAUGCCACACCUGUUUCCUGAUAAGGGGUAGAAAGAUAAAAGGUAGGCAGUGGCGUAGCUACAGGUACAGGGGACACUGGGCAAUGGGGCAUGUACCACCCCCCCCCCCCCCCCCCCCCUCCCAUUCCAUUGACUGGCAAAAUGUAGAGAAAGGAAAAAGCAAGGAAAAUAAAGAGGGGGAAGGGAAGAGAGAAGAAAAUGAUUAGACUCUCUGCCUCAUUGACCUCCUAACAAGCGACCUUGCUACUUUGCAUUUCAGUCAAUGUGUAAGAUUGUGCCCCCCCCCCCCCUUUUCAUAAUGCCAGUGCCCCUAUCAAUGGCGAGACUUGUCCUACGCCACUGAUUGUAGCAAUAUCAAAAUCAAGAUUUAGACUGACGUGGUACGACCCAUAAUUUAGCAAUAAUUCUGUGUCGCACAGAGUAUCAGCAGUACCUAGUAAGGUCAUCUCCUAAUAUCUGGGUCAUUUGGUAAUGACGUUCAGUGAAUGGCUACCUUAUCUUUCAAGUGGUUCAAUGAAUUUGUUUAUCCAUCUAAUAUUAAAAAAGGGGCAGGCAUGUGGUAGAAAAAUUGAAAGAAAAAGAAAGAAAGAGCCUGAAGAAAGGAAACACAAUUAUUGACUACGUGCAACUGUUCACGCUUGCAAAUUGAUGCACCUGAAUUGAAAGUAAACAUUGAAACUCUUCCAAAGGAAAACUUCUGUACUUCCUUUUUUCUUCCAAUGUGCAUGUUUAUUUAACUUUAUUUAUAAUUAAUCAUGAGAUUGUAUUAUUGUAUUUUGAUGAAAUGUAGAAAUCCCCAAUCUUCUGCUUUAAGAACUAACUUGACUUCAUUCCAUUCAAUAUUGCAUGUUCAUGUUUGUCUAUUGUUAGCUUGAAGCACAUCUUUUUCUCAUUGUCUCAUUAAGUAUGAUCAUUUUAACAGUAACAUUUGACAUUUUAAGUCUUAGGGCAGUUUAAUUGUGCAUAAAUCUAUUUCAACAUUCUUGGAAAUUUCAAGCAAAUAGGUUUUUUGUUUUUGGGGUCAUUCUUUUAUAUCAUUUAUUUGGCGAAGGCAAAAGUUAGAAUCUUACCGGUAUACAAAACUUUGUGCAGUUCAUAUUCAAUUGUGCAUAAAUCUAUUUCAAGGUUUGAAAACGAUCUGGGAACAUUUCCGUGGUUUCUGUCACUCUUGUAUUCUUAUAUCCAUUUGGUAACUUCAGGCAUGAAUCUAGUUAUAUUUAUCUGCUAUUCCAUGAUAUAACUAUUUACUUUGUCAUUUGUCUGGUGAGCUAUCGGUCUGCCCAUAAUACUUUGGACUCCUUUUUUUGUUUUGUGCUUUAUCAAAACGAUAAAGCAUUUGUACAACAUAUGAACUGCCCUGUAUAAGCUAUCUACAGACUAUUUACUUCAUGGAUUAGAUUGUCCUGUGCUCAUCUCAAUUCUAUGUCUGUAGAAGAAUUUCUUUACCUCCAUAAUGCCCCUGAAAUGACUACCCCCCCCCCCCUUUACCUAUUUCAGUUAGGUAUCAUUUCAUGAAAUCAGCGAUAUGUGUGCAAUGUAAGAUUGUGCAAUGUCAGGCAGGCGCAGAUCCACAGGGGGGGGGGGGUACGGGCCUGCCCCCACCCCCUCCCCCAAUUGUUUUAAAAGAUAGUAACGUAAACUUUACCUUUUUUAAACAAAAAAUGAAAACUGAUUUGGUGUUCUCAUUUGUAAAUAUGUGAAACCCUUUUUUGCAACAUUCUGUUUAACCAAUUUCUUUGCUAAGAUGAAAAAGAUAUUGUAAUAUUUUGUAGAUUUAGAGUGCUUUCAUUUGGACAAUCUUUGAUUUGUAGACCUAUGAAAUAUGAUGCAAUUUGAUAUUUAUAACCCAUAGCCUACAGGAACUGCACGGUCAUUGUAUAAAGCCUAUGGGAAGUAGAUAAUUUAGAACUUAACAGGUUGAUUCAAAUGAAAUGUGAAAAUGUCUGGCAAUUCUUGAGAUAUGACAAUUUUUUAAUCUGUUCCAAUCAAUAAUGUGUAGUGCAAUCAUGAUUGAAAAGAAUUCAUCUUUUAUUUUUCCUAAUGAUAAUGUUCGAUGAAAUUGAUGGCUUGGUGUUUAUUCUUAAAUUCCAAUAUAACAAUGUUAUAUAAAUCAUGUACCACAAUCAGAAUGGUUUUUUUUUUAAAUAAUUAAAUCAUUUUUAAAACAUGUUGUCAAAGUCUCAAGAUAAUUCAAAGAUAAUAUUUGAAAUUUUGUGAGUGAGUGUAGGUGAUUUUGAUAAUACUACUGUAGGAAAAGGAUAAUGGUUGCAAUUGAAAACAUCAUCAUGCCAAGAGCCAUCUAUAUGCAGAGUUUAGCCAACUUGGUUUCAUUUGGUCACAACAUGACAUAUAUUCUUUUGUUUUGUGCUUUCCCAACAAAGCAGUAAUCGCCAUUAUGUAACCAACUAAAACUGGGAUGGCCAAACUCUGUAUACCGAUGGCUAUGGUCAUGUCUUAGA